AUGAGUUCGCCGUCUCCGCGCAUCCCAGAAUUCUCCAUCAAGAUUGAUCAGCAGACGGCGGUUCUGUUGGCAGCUGGUGGCGUUGCUAUCGGGAGUGCUGCCCUUCUAUUAUACAGAAACAACAUGGAGCCGGGCACGAGGAUGCCUAGGUUCCUGCAGCGUUUGGCUGACUCCCUUUACACGCGAGCUGGUGGUCAGAGCAGUGAUGCUAGGAACGCCACGAGCCACAUGUCUUUCCCAACAGUCGCCCCGCCGGUACUCUACGAGAGAGGUGGUAAUGGGCAAACGUGUGAGGAAAGACUCUACGUUCAACUACAUGUAUUGGAUGCUAAUAGCAGUGCCAAUCUGCCGGGGGCCAGGGAGAAGCUGAAGAAACAACUGGAGACCCGUGAUGUCUCGUCAGUGGUUUAUGAUGAUGUUAACAAUCCUAGGUCUAUCGGGCUGCUAACUUGGAGCACUGAUCCGUCACAUUUCGUGAAGGUUGUGAAUCCAAUACUGCAGAUGGGUGGCAUUGGGGACGUCUUGACUCCGCGUCCGAGAUGGACUAUGUUUGGUAAAACUUAUGCCAACGGGCAUGAGCCCAGCCUUGUUGAUUUCCUGAUCGAGAAAGUGCCUAGGAAUGCAACUAGAGCGGAUGCCCCGUAUGCAGUGUGGUACCCUAUGCGUAGGAGCGGUGACUUCUAUAUGCAGUCCCCGGAAGACCAGUGCCGUAUGCUCCUACAUCAUGCAGCGAUUGGCAAGGCUUUUGCUGAGGUUGGCGCAGCUUAUGAUAUUCGUCUGAACUGUUACGGCAUUGAUGCUGAUGAUAACGAGUUCGUAGUGGGCUUGGUUGGCAAAGACCUUCAUGGUCUCAGCAAGGUGGUCCAAGAGAUGCGCAAGACGGAGCACACCUCUUACUAUUUGAAAUCCCUCGGGCCCUUCUUUGUGGGAAUGCGAGUCUUCUCUCACAGGAGUCGCAGUGAGACUACAGCAGCGUGA